CGGGAUGUAGCUUGGGCCAUACUAAGUUGUCCUAAACAUAUAAGCUUCAAGAUGUAGAAAAUGGGCUUAGCCCAAGUCAAUUUCAGCUAGCCUCUUAGCAAGCUUUGGCUUUACGGAAAGUUACAAGAAGAAUCUAGAAAGACAAGUGAUAAGGCAGAGAACUAAACAGGGGGAAGAGAAGAACCUAAAGGGAAGACGUGAAACAAGGAGAGUGGUGGAGUGUAAAUCGCAUAGAUUCUCUCAUGGUUGCCAAGGUAAUGAAGAAAGAAGAUUGUUUGGGAAGGCUUAGAAAGUGGAUCUACAAAGCUUAAGUUCGGUUCAUGAAAGAAAUUUAGAUUGAAGGUUUGGGAGAGAUUGUCUACAUUAAAUUGUACUUGUACAAGGAAACUUGGAUGGUCAAAGCUAAAGUUGGAUUUCAUGUGCUGUUUGGUUCGGGAAAUUGGACUUGAAGUGUAAGUCAUGCAGUCAAGAACUAGAUUUUCAAGGGCGGUGGGCAUUGUCGCAGGAUUUGGCUAGUAGCAUAUUUCCGAUAAAGUAAUUUCGGCAGGUCCAGGACCAUCUUCAGCUAAUUAGAGUUCUAUCCGAUUCUGGAGAGCCCUUCACCUGUUGUGCGGGGUCAAUAUGCCUCCAAAAACACGUACACUGAGAGAUAUUGCGGUGCGAGAGGAGACAGGUGAGAGCUUGGCUCCACAAUCAGCUCACAUUACUCGAGAGCAAGGUAGACGUCGUAGAACUACUACAGUCGUUGGAGAGGGGGUUCAGAGUGAAGGUAUUGCACUGCCCCCAUUAGUUCAGGCAGACGCCGAUGUUCCUGGGCUAUCCGAGGUUCAAGGUCCUACUAUGAUUGACAUGAUGGCCGGGAUGCAGGGUAUUCAACAGGCUAUUUUGAAAUUGACUGAGGUAGUUACUGUUCAGAGUCAAAGAGUGACUCAGCCUUUGGUAGAUCAAACUCCGACAGCUGGGGGGAGGCAGACGGUGCAGGAUCAGCCUCAGCCACAGUUGGGAGGAGGUAUUAUGGUGACUUUGCCAGAGUUUUUGAAAUUGAAACCACCGAAGUUCUCUGGGUCUGAUGUGAAUGAGGACCCACAACGGUUUUUAGAUAGUAUGGAUAGAGUUCUGCAGGCUUUAGGGUGUUCUAGCACUCGAUCAGUGGAGUUGGCUGCGUUUCAACUAGAGGAUAUUGCUCGAACAUGGUAUGAUACUUUAAGAGGAGGGAGACUUGUGGGGUCAGCUUCAUUGCGUUGGGAGGAGUUCACUGAGGCUUUUAUGGCUCGUUUCCUUCCGCGCAGUGUGAGAGAGGCUCGUGCACAUGAGUUUGAGAAGUUGGUACAAACCUUUGGUAUGACAGUGACUGAAUAUGAUAUCUUGUUUACGCGAUUGUCUCGAUAUGCACCUCACUUGGUUGCUACAGAGGAGAUGCGAAUUACUCGGUUUGUGAAUGGAUUAGUUACACCUUUAUUUAAUGCGGUAGCUUCACAAGAAUUCACAACCUAUGCUGCGGCUGUUGAUCGCGUUAGGAAGAUUGAAAUAAGGAGGUUGGAAGAUCGUGGGGGCCAAGAGCAAAGUAAAAAGAGCAGAACUGUGGGAUCAUUUAGUGGAUUUAGUAGGAGUGUUGAUAGUCAGAAAUCAGGCAAGCAGAGAGCCGCUCAGUCCGAGAUGGGAUCGUCAGCGUAUUCACCUUCUAUUGCCCUUAGGAGAGAUUCUAGGUUCCAGGAUGCUGAGCAUUCAGGCCAGCAGCCUCCCAGUCAGUUUAGUGCUGAUAGACCACCAUGUCUGACUUGUGGGAAGCGCCAUUCUGGGCAAUGUUAUAGGGCCACUGGUGCUUGCUUUAAGUGUGGUCAGCUCGGUCAUCGAAUGUGGGAAUGUCCGCAAGGCCAAAAUAUAUCUAGUGUGGGGUCAGCACCACUUAUUACCCCUGCUACCGGACAGCCGACUAGACAGACUACUGUUCAGUCGGGUAGAGGGUUUGGAGUCCGAGGUCAGGACCAGUCAAGGGGAGGUCCUGCUAGGGUCUUUGCGCUUACACCACAGGAUAUGCAGACAUCUGAUGCAGAUGUUGCAGGUACACUUUCUAGUUAUUCUUUCGACCCACAUGUGUUGAUUGCUUUGGACUCUACGUAUCAAAUUUUACCCUCUGAUUCGCUGAAGAUUCAAAUCUGUUUAGUUGCCCUUUCUGUGAUAGGUAAUUUUGUUCCAUCAUUGGUCUUGUAUUCAGGUCUUAUCUUGCUAUUGUUUGAACAAUUUGAUAAUAUCUAUUAACCUGACUCUUUCCUGGAAUUCUCUACUAGAAAACAUGCUUUCAUGUUAGUUAUUUAUGGAUCUACAUAGGUUGAACUGAUUGCCAUAUUACUUAUUGAAAUCUACCUUGUUAAUCUCUGGAAGGGUGUUAACUAAAUUAUUGCUCCAGUACUAUGUUCUUAGAAAUUUUUGUUAAGUUCUCUUUUACCUAGUGAAGUCUGAACAAAAGAUGGAAUGGGUAAAUUUGGCUUCGGAACUUUCCAGGUUUUGGUUACUCCUCUAGGUACCACACUUUGAAAGUAUAGUUACUCUUGAAUUGUGUGUUUUAUUCAGUUUUAAAUCUCUGUGUUGACUCUGGUCGUACAGAAAAAAAAAAAAAACAACUUGGGGAGGGUUUGGGUAUAAAAACAAUUAGUACAAUAGUUUUGAUAUUUGGUCUGUGUUGGGUCAGGAAUUGAUGUGGAUAUUAUUUUGAAUCCUUGUUAUUUAAAGAAAUUACAUUGUUAUAAAUCUUCAAAAUUGUGUCACCUGGAGGGACGUAUGGAGUUUUUUUUUUCUUAAAUAUUCCAUGAAUCAAGAUGGAUUUAUAGUGUCCUCAAUGUGGUGGUGUUUUUCCCUUGGGUCCCUGACAAUAGUCAGAUAUGUAUUAGCAUGAUAUACUAUUCCUUCCAUUACAUUCUUUUAAUUUUCAAUUGCUUUGGUACCGAUUGCCUUAGCUACUUUGGCUUUAGCUAAACAAUGAGAUUUGGGUUGUUUGAUUCAUCACCCGGAGUCGUCUAUGAGUUAAUAAAAGAUACAAAGUUUUUGUUGUUUCAGUUCUCACUCAUGGUAGUUGAUAUGGGGUGGUAAUUGAAGGUGCGUAUUGACUAUCGGUAAUACCAGGUAGGUUAUACGUGUUAGGUACCAACAAUUGUUGGACGCUACGGACUGAUCGCAAAGUAAAUUUCGAGGACGAAAUUUAUUUUAAGGGGGGAAGAAUGUAAUAUCCGGUGUUUUUUUUAAAAGCAAAAUAUAUAUAUAUAUAUAUAUUUACGUAUAUUUGUAGAGGAAAUAUAAAACUCAUGUAAGUCCUUUGGACCAAAGUCUUUCAUUGAGACCAACACGGGAUGUAGCUUGGGCCAUACUAAGUUGUCCUAAACAUAUAAGCUUCAAGAUGUAGAAAAUGGGCUUAGCCCAAGUCAAUUUCAGCUAGCCUCUUAGCAAGCUUUGGCUUUACGGAAAGUUACAAGAAGAAUCUAGAAAGACAAGUGAUAAGGCAGAGAACUAAACAGGGGGAAGAGAAGAACCUAAAGGGAAGACGUGAAACAAGGAGAGUGGUGGAGUGUAAAUCGCAUAGAUUCUCUCAUGGUUGCCAAGGUAAUGAAGAAAGAAGAUUGUUUGGGAAGGCUUAGAAAGUGGAUCUACAAAGCUUAAGUUCGGUUCAUGAAAGAAAUUUAGAUUGAAGGUUUGGGAGAGAUUGUCUACAUUAAAUUGUACUUGUACAAGGAAACUUGGAUGGUCAAAGCUAAAGUUGGAUUUCAUGUGCUGUUUGGUUCGGGAAAUUGGACUUGAAGUGUAAGUCAUGCAGUCAAGAACUAGAUUUUCAAGGGCGGUGGGCAUUGUCGCAGGAUUUGGCUAGUAGCAUAUUUCCGAUAAAGUAAUUUCGGCAGGUCCAGGACCAUCUUCAGCUAAUUAGAGUUCUAUCCGAUUCUGGAGAGCCCUUCACCUGUUGUGCGGGUAGUCAUUAUGAUAUUUUGUAUUUUACUAUUUUGUAUAAAUUUAUGAAUCUUAGAUGCUCCGUUAAGUACAGAUAGGAUGUUUUUGGUAUGUAUUGCUGUAAGCCUUGACUGUACUCUGGCUAUGGCUUCCGCGUUAUGUAAAUUUCAGUUCCGUACUCCUUAUGCAUGUUUGGAUUGUCUGUUUUGAGGCUUGCUUGAUCUCAGUGGGCUUCUAGGUUCAUUGGGGUCAUGCGCCGGUCAUGUGCCCGUAUUUGGGUCGUGACAAGUAUAUAAGUCUAGUAAACCAAACAUCUUUUUAUCCUUAAGGACGGUGUUUGGAUAGCUAGGUUUAUUGCUCUGUGUGUGUUUGUUUCAAAAAAAUGAAAUAAUGUUUAGUCCGGUGUGUGUUUCCAAAAUUGUUGUUUAGUUAGGUGUGUGUUUUCAAAAUUGUUAGGUGUUCCACUUAAAAGCCUCUGUUAAAAAUACCACAUUGAUUAUUUCAAAAGUGUAUGUAUUGUAUAUAAGUCUAAUCAAAACAUCUUUUUACUUUGAGGGACUGUGUUUGAUUAGCUAGAUUUAUUACUCCGCGUGUGUUUGUUUCAAAAAAAAAGUUAUGCGGUAUUUGGUUAGCGAGGUUUAUUACUCUUUGUGUGUUUGUUUCAAAAAAAAGUGACUUUAUUGACCGACUCUAUUCGAAGCCCUAGCGCCGCUGAAAUCAAAAGUUCAAAAUAAAUUCGUCUUCGUCGCGACAUCGCUUUUGAACGAGAUCGGAGAAAGUGUCGACUGUGUCGAGAAUCCCCUUCAGAAUUCAGGCUCCACUGCUCCAGUCUCUAACCAGUACCCACCGUCGCCGCGCGCAUACAGAACCCAGCCCAGUUCUUGUAUCCACUCCACCGUCUGCUGCCGCUUAUCUCUCCAGUGGUCGCGACUCGCCACUCUCCACCCACCGUCACCUCUUAUCUCGAAG